UGCAGGCUUCUUGCACUCCAUGCUGCACACUGCAAGCUGUUCCUGAGCCCAAGCAGACAGGAGAGGAUGGGCACAGACGGGGACACAGUGGUCCUGAAGAACAUGCUCCUUGGUGUCAACUUGAUCUUGUUGGGUGCCAUGCUCAAGCCCUCAGAGUGUCAGCUGGAGGUGACCACAGAAAGGGUCCAGAGACAGACAGUGGAGGAGGAAGGAGGUGUUGGCAACUACAACACAUCCAGUAAAGAGAAGCCCAUGGUCUUCAACCAUGUGUAUAACAUCAAUGUGCCCUUGGACAGCCUCUGCUCCUCGGGGCUGGAGGCCUCGGCUGAGCAGGAGGUGAGUGCAGAAGACGGCGGUCUAGCAGAGUACACAGGCCAGACCUCAGACCAGGAGAGCCAGGUCACCUUCACCCACAAGAUCAACCUCCCCAAAAAGGCCUGCCCUUGUGCUGGCUCAGGCCACAUGCUACGUGAGCUGCUGAGCCGGAUCGAGAUGCUGGAGAGGGAGGUGUCCGUGCUGCGGGACCAGUGCACUAACUGCUGCCAGGAAAGCGCUGCCACAGGACAACUGGACUAUAUCCCUCACUGCAGCGGCCACGGCAACUUCAGCCUCGAGUCCUGUGGCUGCAUCUGCAACGAAGGCUGGUUUGGCAAGAACUGUUCAGAGCCCUACUGCCCGCUGGGUUGCUCCAGCCGGGGCGUGUGUGUGGACGGUCAGUGCAUCUGCGACAGCGAAUACAGUGGGGCCGACUGCUCUGAGCUCCGGUGCCCGACGGACUGCAGCUCCCGGGGGCUCUGCGUGGAUGGGGAGUGUGUCUGUGAAGAGCCCUACACGGGCGAGGACUGUGGGGAGCUGAGGUGCCCCGGGGACUGCUCAGGGAAGGGGAGAUGUAUCAAUGGCACCUGUUUAUGCCAGGAAGGCUACAUUGGUGAGGACUGCGGACAGCAGCGGUGCCUGAAUGCCUGCAGUGGGCGAGGACCAUGCCAGGAGGGGAUCUGUGUCUGUGAAGAGGGCUACCAGGGCCCUGACUGCUCAACAGUUGCCCCUCCAGAGGACUUGCGAGUGGCUGGUAUCAGCGACAGGUCCAUUGAGCUGGAAUGGGACGGGCCGAUGGCAGUGACGGAAUAUGUGAUCUCUUACCAGCCGACGGCCCUGGGGGGCCUCCAGCUCCAGCAGCGGGUGCCUGGAGAUUGGAGUGGUGUCACCAUCAAGGAGCUGGAGCCAGGUCUCACCUACAACAUCAGCGUCUACGCUGUCAUUAGCAACAUCCUCAGCCUUCCCAUCACUGCCAAGGUGGCCACCCAUCUCUCCACUCCUCAAGGGCUGCAGUUCAAGACCAUCACAGAAACCACCGUGGAGGUGCAGUGGGAGCCCUUCUCCUUCUCCUUCGAUGGGUGGGAGAUCAGCUUCAUUCCAAAGAACAAUGAAGGAGGAGUGAUUGCUCAGCUCCCCAGCGAUGUCACUUCCUUCAACCAGACAGGACUAAAACCUGGGGAGGAAUACAUUGUCAACGUGGUAGCUCUGAAAGAGCAAGCACGCAGCCCUCCCACCUCAGCCAGCGUGUCCACAGUCAUCGAUGGGCCAACCCAGAUCCUGGUGCGAGACGUCUCUGAUACUGUGGCCUUUGUGGAGUGGACACCUCCUCGUGCCAAAGUUGAUUUCAUUCUCCUGAAAUAUGGGCUAGUGGGUGGGGAAGGUGGGAAAACCACCUUCCGGCUGCAGCCUCCCCUAAGCCAAUACUCAGUGCAAGCCCUGCGGCCUGGCUCCCACUAUGAGGUGUCUGUCAGCGCAGUCCGAGGGACCAAUGAGAGCGAGUCUACGACCACCCAGUUUGCCACAGAGAUUGAUGCUCCCAAGAAUCUGCGAGUUGGUUCCCGCACAGCAACCAGCCUUGACCUGGAGUGGGAUAACAGUGAGGCAGAGGUUCAGGAGUACAAGGUCGUGUACAGCACACUAGCAGGGGAGCAGUACCAUGAGAUGCUGGUCCCCAAGGGCUUUGGUCCCACCACCAGGGCCACCCUCACAGAUCUGGUACCUGGCACUGAGUAUGGAGUUGGAAUAUCUGCCAUCAUGAACUCACAGCAAAGCGUGCCAGCCACCAUGAAUGCCAGGACUGAACUUGACAGUCCCCGAGACCUCAUGGUGACAGCCUCCUCAGAGACCUCCAUCUCCCUUCUUUGGACUAAGGCCAGUGGCCCCAUUGAUCACUACCGGAUUACCUUUACACCAUCCUCUGGUAUUGCCUCUGAAGUCACCGUGCCCAAGGAUAAGACCUCAUAUACACUGACAGAUCUGGAGCCUGGGGCAGAGUACAUCAUCUCCAUUACUGCUGAGAGGGGUCGGCAGCAGAGCUUAGAGUCCACUGUGGAUGCCUUCACAGGCUUUCGCCCUAUCUCCCAUUUGCACUUUUCUCAUGUGACAUCCUCUAGUGUCAACAUUACCUGGAGUGACCCAUCUCCCCCAGCAGACAGACUCAUUCUGAACUACAGUCCCCAAGAUGAAGAGGAAGAAAUGAUGGAGGUCUCCUUGGAUGCCACCAAGAGGCAUUUUGUCCUUAUGGGUUUACAGCCAGCCACAGAGUAUAUUAUCAACCUGGUGGCUGUCCAUGGCACGGUGACUUCUGAGCCCAUCAUGGGCUCCAUCACCACAGGAAUUGAUCCCCCCAAAGACAUCAAAAUUAGCAAUGUGACCAAGGAUUCAGUGAUGGUGUCCUGGAGCCCUCCUGUUGCAUCUUUUGAUUACUACAGAGUAUCAUAUCGACCCACCCAAGUGGGACGGCUGGACAGCUCAGUGGUGCCCAACACUGUGACAGAAUUCACCAUCACCAGGCUGUACCCGGCUACUGAGUAUGAAAUAAGUCUCAACAGUGUUCGGGGCAGGGAGGAGAGUGAGCGCAUCUGUACCCUCGUGCACACAGCCUUGGAUAACCCUGUGGAUCUGACUGCCACCAACAUCACCCCAACAGAAGCCCUGCUGCAGUGGAAAGCUCCUGUGGGUGAAGUGGAGAACUAUGUCAUUGUUCUCACGCACUUCACAGUUACUGGAGAAACCAUCUUGGUUGAUGGACUCAGUGAGGAAUUCCAGCUUGUGGACCUGCUUCCCAGCACCCACUACACGGUCACCAUGUAUGCCACCAGUGGAUCUCUCAUCAGUGGCACCAUCAGCACAAACUUCUCUACCCUUCUGGACCCUCCUGCAAACCUGACUGCCAGUGAAGUCACCAGACAGAGUGCGCUGAUCUCUUGGCAGCCUCCGAGGGCAGAGAUUGAGAAUUACAUUCUGACCUACAAAUCUACUGAUGGAAGCCGCAAAGAGCUGAUUGUGGAUGCAGAGGACAACUGGAUCCGACUGGAAGGUCUGUUGGAAAACACAGACUACACAGUGCUCCUGCAGGCGGCUCAAGAUGCCAUGAAGAGCAGCCUCACUUCCACCGCCUUCACAACAGAGGGCCGGCUGUUCUCUCAUCCUCAAGACUGUGCCCAGCAUUUGAUGAAUGGAGACACUCUGAGUGGGGUUUACACCAUCUUUCUCAAUGGAGAGCUCAGCCAGAAGCUGCAAGUAUACUGUGACAUGACCACGGAUGGGGGCGGUUGGAUUGUAUUCCAGAGGCGCCAGAAUGGCCAAACUGAUUUCUUCCGGAAAUGGGCUGAUUACCGUGUUGGCUUUGGGAACCUGGAGGAUGAGUUUUGGUUAGGGCUGGACAACAUCCACAGGAUCACAGCCCAGGGCCGCUAUGAGCUGCGCGUGGACAUGCGGGAUGGGCAGGAGGCCGCCUUCGCCCACUACGACAAGUUCUCUGUGGAAGACAGCAGGAGCUUGUACAAACUCCGCAUAGGAAGCUACAAUGGCACCGCAGGAGACUCCCUCAGCUAUCACCAGGGACGCCCUUUCUCCACAGAGGACAGAGACAAUGAUAUUGCUGUCACUAACUGUGCCAUGUCAUACAAGGGCGCUUGGUGGUAUAAAAACUGCCACCGGACCAACCUCAAUGGGAAGUAUGGCGAAUCCAGGCACAGCCAGGGGAUCAACUGGUACCACUGGAAAGGGCACGAGUUCUCCAUACCCUUUGUGGAAAUGAAGAUGCGGCCUUACAACCACCGUGUCUCAUCAGGAAGGAAACGGCGGGCCUUACAGUUCUGAGCAGUGGGCAGUCGCAAGCCAAACGAUUUUUUCUGUCAUUUGUUUGUAUUUUAUAAUAUGAUACAAGGGGGGAGGGUGAUAGCAAUGUGCUUUGCCACACGUUAAGGGUAUCUGAAGGAAGCAGGGACGUGGCAGCAGUCGGCUGACUACUGUCUGCUAGGGUUUCUGCUGCUUGGAUCCUGACCCCAACACUGCGGUCUCCUCCUCUCUGCAGGUCAUCCCUAACAUUCCCCUCCUUUCCUGCCAGGGAGGAAAAGUGGGACAUUCACUAAAAUGGUCAAUUCAAAGACAAGUCAUGAAGUACAAUCGUUAGCGUGAUAGGCACAUGCCUCCUUUUUCCUACCUUCUGGAAAUGCCUCCACCGUGCAGGUGUCACUAAUCUGGUCCUAGCCCUUGGAGGGCAGGUAGUCACACCAGUUCAGAGGAGAAGUCUUAGCAAAAGAGUCCAGCCAACAACACCCCUAAGAGGAAUGAGAUCGACCACAGC